UUCUAUCGUCUUCGUCUUCUUCUCCAAUGACUGCUCUCUCACUCACACUCACACUCACACUCACCUCGUUACCAUUCUCCUACGCGUUUUCCUCGACCACGUGCAAAUCACGUGCCUCUCCUCCACGUAUCACCGCUGUAUCGUUGUUGGAUUCUACCAGAAGAUCGGAGCUUCGACAAGAUCGCAGGCGAUCAAUUGAAGCAGCCAUGUCUGGUGACAUCCGCAGUUCCGAUUUGUCGCAGGUGAUGGAAUUGGAAGAUGAAUCUGAUUUCGAGAAGCUUCUCUCAUCGGAUAAUCGGAUCUCCGUAACUGGCUUCGGUUCUCUUCUCUCCGAGAGACGCGCGAGGAGUACAUUCCCAGAUUUGGAGAACUUCAGAAUCGCGAAACUGCAAGGAUUCAGAAGAGUUUUCGCACACUCAGCUCCGAUCUUCUUCGAGCGUGGCAUCGCGAAUCCUGUAACUAAGGAGGUUUCAAGUUUGAGUGUAGAGCCAUGUGAAGGAGAGAGCCUUGUGGUUACUGUCUUUGAGAUCAAAAGCUCUGAGAUUCCGGCUUUUAUACGAAGGGAGCUUGAAUUCCGGUUUCUUGCUGUUGUUCCUGAAACAUUGGAAGGCAAACCUUACGCCAAUUCUGCGGUACUUUGUGGUCGAUACAGUGAUGAGGAGUUUCUCCAGAUUAGAUGCAAAGGAGACAAAGAGAUUUACUUUCAACAUUAUGGAAGAUUCAACAUCGAGAAGAUAUGGCGGGACGACAUCUUACCUUGUCGUCUCUAUCUAAGACACUGUGUGUUGGCUGCUAAGAAUCUUGGAGAUGAAGCUUACAAUAACUUUCUGGAUCAUACAUUCUUGGGAGAUCGAAAAACAACCAUCAGAGAGUAUUUAAGCAGCACAGGGUCUGGUAUCAUGGAAGAAGAACCACCGGAGGCUCUCAGGUCUAGAUAUGGAGGUUGAUCAAAAACCAAAGAUUUAAAGAUGAUUGUUCUUCUAUCAAAUUUGAAACUUUUAAAAUAAAUAAAUAGACUGAUAGGUGUUAAUGUUUUAAUAUUGACAGCUUUAAUUUAACUAUUUUAAGGGAAGAAAAAAGUAUGUUAUAGUUG